CUCAACACGGGGCUCAGUCAGGUUUCAACAGCGAGACUGACCGUCUAUCAAGGUGCUACGUGCUUUAACUAAGUUUCCUAAAGAUCAAACGCAAAAUGGAAGUGAGGGUUACCUUGUGCUUUCUGCUGAUUUUCCUGACCUACUCACAAACGCAAGCAGCGUUAUGGAUAAAGGCAAAUGGUUUGCCGGUGUGUUUUAGCGCCAGAAAUAACCAGUAUGGCACGUUUAACACUCCACUGUGUGGUAAAGUAGCCGCCGUGAAACUGGUUCAUCUGUAUGGUUACGUGACCUGUCACAAAUACAACGCAGACAACUGGUCUUUCUGGGGCUGUGGUCACGGCGCGAAAGAUCUCGUUGACGUCGUGGUAACACGGUCAAAUAAUCAGAUGAUCUUGCCCGCCAAUCAGUUCAUCGGGAACAGAGCCGGAAGGUGGUCUAAACUUCCCGGAUAUAACUCGUUUUCACCUGAGAUUGUCCUGUCGUUCUUCUCCAGUCCCCUUUCCCUGUCAGCGCAGACCCAGUUACGCCUGUGGUACGGUGAGGAUUUGGUGAGUCACACCGAGGGCGACAAUGAUGGACGCGUCUGCACUGAUGUCUACGUUCUUUAUGUUUGAGAAUCCCUAACCAUACGUCCCUUUUAAUCUAAAGGCAGAAUUUCUGACACCGUUAUUCAUUGUUAUUCUCGUUAAAGCUACUUAAGGGAUGAAUGAAAUGUAACAACGCUCGGUUUUUAAAUUUGUUGCUAUACCUAGCUAAAAUCUAUACCUAGAGAAAAUCUAGCUAAAAUCUAUAUCUAGGGAAAAUCUGAAUUUCAUUGUAGUUUGUUUGGGUUAAUUGCUGCAUUCAUUGAUUGUAUGGCAAAACUCAGAUCACAAAAGAGUAACUCGCAUAAACAAAAGUAAACUUAGAACAUAAAUUACAAGUGUUGUUUGUUGUUGUCGUCAUUGAGCUUGUGAGUGAAGAAAAGUAUCAUGAAAUCAGCCAA